AUGGCCCCAACGCCAAUCUCGAUACCCCUCUUCGCCGAAACCCAACUCCAGCUUCUCCUACGCGAACACGAAGCCGAGGUCUCCUCCUCAACGCUCGCCUCAACUGCCGCGUCCGUUUCUCCCUCGACGCGCCGAAAGCUCCAAGCUACCGGCUAUGCUUUGACAGGUCUCGUUCUCUCACAAUGCCGUACUGGAAUGGGCGGUCGCGUGGUGGGCGAGUUCGUACCUGACCCCGCUAUCGCGUCGAAGAGUGAAGAUGGCGCAUCAGAUGGACAGCCGAGACUUGGAUCGCAUGGGAUAAGGGUUGGGGAUGUUGAUAAGGAUAAGGAUGGGAAGGAUGUGAAGGGGGCGGAGGGUGUUGUCACGAGAACGGGUGAUCGAGCUAUUUGGAUUGCGUUUGGGUCUAGCGGUGGUGGGGGAAGGUCGAAGGAGGAAGAUGAGGCUAUUGAGGAGUUGUGGGGAAAGAAACUCUGGGCGAUUAAACUUGCCAAUGAUGUUACGUACAGACGGAUGCGACAGACUAUGGAGAAAAUGGUCAAGAUGACUGAAGCAGACCACACGCAUUUUAUGCGCGUAGCUUUUGGUCAUACGACCCCAUUACAACCAGGCCAUGAUAUGACGGGACCAAUUGAAUUUAUGGAUCCGACAUUGAACGACUCGCAAAAAGAUGCUAUUCGGUUUGCUCUAGCGUCGAAAGAUGUUGCCCUUAUUCAUGGCCCGCCUGGUACUGGAAAGACACAUACGCUGAUUGAGCUGAUCAUGCAACUCGUCCAACGGAAGAAACGUGUUUUAGUCUGUGGCCCGUCGAAUGUUUCUGUGGACAACAUCGUGGAGCGCCUAGCUCCAAAGAAAGUCCCGGUCGUGCGCAUCGGGCAUCCGGCUCGGCUUCUUCCUUCAGUGCUUGAGCACUCUCUCGAGGUUCUCACGCAGUCUUCUGAUGCAGGGAACAUCGUCAAGGAUGUACGCAAGGAGAUCGAUACCAAGCAGGCUAGUAUCCGCAAGACAAAGUCUGGUCGAGAAAGACGGGCAAUCUACGACGACUUGAAACAACUCCGAAAGGAAUUUCGAGAGCGCGAGUCUAAAUGUGUUGAUAACCUGGUGCGCGAGAGUAGCGUGGUUCUGGCAACACUUCACGGUGCCGGAGGUCAUCAGCUGAAGAAUCAGAGAUUUGAUGUGGUCGUCAUUGAUGAGGCUAGUCAGGCUCUUGAGGCCCAGUGUUGGAUUUCACUUUUGUCUGCAGAUAAGGUUGUCCUUGCUGGUGAUCACUUGCAACUGCCACCAACGGUCAAGUCAACGAAUACAAAGUCGAAGGACGAGAAGGGAAAUGUGGAUAAAUCGGGCCAAACCGCCGACAAGGAGAUUCUCAAAGGUGUGUCCUUGGAGCGGACAUUAUUUGACCGCUUACUAUCUUUACAUGGCCCUAGCAUCAAGAGGAUGUUGACUACGCAAUACCGAAUGCAUGAAAAGAUCAUGCGUUUCCCAUCAGACGAGCUCUACGAGUCGAAGCUCAUGGCCGCAGAUUCUGUGAAAGCCCAACCCCUUGUCUUUUGGGAUACACAAGGUGGCGACUUUCCCGAACAAGCCGAUGACAAGGAGAUCGGCAAUAAGGAGGCACUCCUUGGUGAAAGCAAAAGCAAUGAGAUGGAAGCAAUGGUCGCCGCCAGACAUGUCGAUAAGCUUAUCGACACCGGUCUCAAGCCCGAAGACAUCGCCGUCAUUACCCCUUACAACGGCCAGCUAGCACUCCUUUCCCAAAUGCUCCGUGAGAAGUAUCCCGGUCUGGAGUUGGGCAGUGUUGAUGGUUUCCAAGGCCGAGAGAAGGAAGCCGUGGUCGUCAGUCUCGUGCGCAGCAAUGCGGAGCACGAGGUUGGUUUCCUUGGUGAGAAACGGCGUCUCAACGUGGCUAUGACGCGACCUAAGCGGCAUCUCUGCAUCUGCGGGGACUCAGAGACCAUCAGUCGUGGCAGUAGCUUCCUGAAGCAUUGGAUGGACUACUUGGAGGAGAAUGCGGACUUGCGAUAUCCUGACGCAGGCGAUCUACUUUGA